GCUCUCACUGAGUUUCCCAGGAUGCGGGCGGGUCGGGCCAAGCACGGGGUGGCGCAUCAUGGCGACAGCAGUUAUUAUCCUGAGGCCUUUGCGCCGAGGCGCCGCCUGGGCGGGGAAGCGACUCCUGUCGGAGGCUGGAGGCCUGAGACGCGGCUGGCGGCGGCAGGCGCAGGUGUCUGGAAAAUUAACUCUUUUCAGAAGAGGGCUUGCACUCUCAACAGUGUCUUAUUUGAGUUAUGAAGCUUACAACUCUAUUUCUCACUUUGCCGUGGUUCAUGCUAGCGUCAAAGUUGAGGAAAUCAUAGAGCAAGCAGACUACCUGUAUGGGAGUGGAGAAACUGAAAAGCUCUAUCAGUUGCUGACCCAGCACAAAAGCAGUGAGGAUGCGGAGAUACUAUGGCGUCUAGCACGGGCCUCACGUGAUCUAGCCCAACUCAGUAGCACCUCUGCAGAGGAGAAAAAGCAACUGGUUUAUGAAGCUCUUGAAUAUGCAAAGAAGGCACUGGAGAAAAAUGAGUCAAAUUUUGCAGUACACAAGUGGUAUGCAAUCUGCAUCAGUGAUGUUGGAGAUUAUGAAGGAAUCAAGACUAAAAUUGCAAAUGCGUAUGUUAUCAAGGAACACUUCCAGAAAGCCAUUGAACUGAAUCCUAAAGAUGCUACCUCAAUUCACCUUAUGGGCAUUUGGUGUUACUCAUUUGCUGAAAUGCCAUGGUACCAAAGCAAAAUAGCUGCAAUGCUAUUUGCAACACCACCAACCUCCACCUAUGAAGAGGCCCUAAGUUACUUUCACAAGGCUGAAGAAGCUGAUCCAAACUUUUACAGCAAAAACUUGCUGCUUUUGGGGAAGACAUACUUGAAGUUAAAAAACAAAAAGAUGGCCCUCUUGUGGCUAACAAAAACCAGGGAUUAUCCUGCACAUACAGAGGAGGAUAAACAGGUACAAAAAGAAGCUGUGGAACUGCUCAAUUCUAUAUGACAAGAACUAAACUAUUAAGAAGAAACUACAUUAAAUGUGACUAAAGCACAGGACAAAAUACCCAGCGCUUGUUCUACUGUGGCUGUUAUUAAAAUUAAAUUUAAUGUCACCUUACCACUGUAUAUCUUUAGUAAAAAGCUGUUGUCAACUACUAGA